CAAGAGAUAUUACUAUGGGAAGCCGAUACGAUACCUAAAUGGGUUUGGGAACUUUCCUAAUAUAGCUCUGAGGGUGAUUCUGAGGCGAUUUUCUAGGUUUAAGGGUUUAAAGGGUUUUGACGGCUGCUCGGCUCGCUUUAUGGCGGCGCCGACGACGGAGGAACCUCCUCCGAUGGUGACGGAUGGGAAUAUGAGCCAGGCAUCGCAGUUUGGGAAGAAAUCGUGGGUUCAAGCGGCUCAAUCAAAACAUGUUUUGGUGAGCCAUGACGUAAAAGUUGAGGUUGUCGAUGGGCAAGAAAUGGUAGAGAUACCGGAUGACCUUCUAGUCAACACAGUUCCCUUGUGGGAAGAUUUCCUUGAGGGACGUUUUCUGGAUCCCGCUCCUCACGUGGCGAAGAUUCAUAUCAUUUUUAACAAGAUAUGGCCAUUAGGAAAUAAGAACAUUAAGAUUGACGUGUUUGCGGUUAAUGAAAAGGUAGUGAAGUUUCGGAUUACCGAUCAACAAACAAGGAGUCGCAUUCUGCGACGAGGAAUGUGGAACAUUGCCGGCAUCCCAAUGAUUCUAUCAAAGUGGGCGCCAUUGGAAGAGAAAAAGGAGGACGAGGAAGAGGUUAAGAUUGUACCUAUGUGGGUUACAAUGAAGAAUGUACCGUCUACUAUGUUUUCAUGGAAGGGACUAGGUUUCAUUGCUAGCUCAGUUGGGAAACCUGUGAGGCUGCAUCCCGAGACGGAGCUUUGUUCGAAUUUCGACGAGGCUAAGGUCUUUGUAAAUGCAAACAUGACAAAGCCACUUCCUAAUGCGUACCGUUUUCGCUCGAAGUCUGGUAUAAAUGCGAACAUUGAAUUCACUUACCCAUGGGUACCUACGAAAUGCUCUCUUUGUGCUAAAUGGGGUCACAAUGAGAAGGAAUGUUUGAAAAAGAAAGAAGAAGUAAGGGAGAAGGAUGUGGGGAAUGGAAAAGAGAAUGUUGUCCCUACACAAAGUGCUAAUAUGGAAGAGACAAUGUCAGUGCCAGAAAAGUCAACGAAAGGAAAAGAUACUGAAGAGUUUGACGCGACUGUGGAAGUAUCUGUAACUGAUUCUUCAGAUCUUGUGGGUGAUGACGCAGUUGAGCAGCCCAGUGAAGUUGAAGAGAUCAGAGAGGAAAUAGGGGAAGCUGCUGAAAGCGGAGCAGAAGUAAGGGAGAACUGGUUAAAUGUCUCUCCGGGGAAAGUAGGAAGAUCAGCUGAAAAGAAGCAGGAUUUGGAGACAGUUAUCUCUCCGUCCAGAUUUCAACUACUAGCUGACGAAGAGGAAGAGGAAGACCAUAUCACCACUCAUGAGCCUUAGGGUGAUCCAAUCAGAGUUUGCACCAAGGACGAUAUCGAA